UAAGCAUGAGGACAGAUAAAAAAAAAUUGGCUGUUAUUUCCUCAUUCCAGCUACAGAACUCAUUUAUCAGGCUUCAUAUCUUCAACUUCUGGUCAAAUGCAAUGCAAAUUUAACUUAGUCAUCAAAGAAUCACAGAGCAGAUUCAGCAGACGACAGGACAGCUGGAAUUCCAUGUCUCGAUCCUAUGUCAUCACGUGAUGUCCCCCUUCCACCAGCAUUUUGUGUGUGUUGCCUGAAUUUCCAUCAUCUGCAGAUUUCCUUGUGUUUGUGUUCCCUUCCAAUCAAUUUUGGCCGGCUUCUCUUUCAUGCCUAUGUAAUUCCUGCACUCCACAGUAAUACUAAUAUAAUCUGAUUUUAGUUUCUCUUACUCAAAUUUCAGAGUGAAUUCUAUCAUAUUAUGAUCAUUGUCCUGUAAGCAUUCCUUUACUUUAAGCUCUCUAAUCAAUUUUUGUUCAUUGCUCAACAUCCAAUCCAGAAUAGCUGAUUCCAUGGUGGGCUCAACAAUGAACUAUUCUAAAAGCCGUUUCUUAGGCAUUCCACAAAUUCUCUCCUUUGGAUCCAGCACCAACCUGACUUUCCCAGUUUCCCUGCAUCCCUCAUGUAACAUUGCCCUUUUGACAUGCAUUUUAUCUCUCCUGCUGUAAUUUGUAGACUACAUCUUUUCUGCUGUUCGGAGGUCUAUAUAUAACUUCCAUCAGGGUCAUUUUAUCCUUGUAGUUUCUGAGCUCUAGCCACAAUGAUUCAACACCUUCCAAUCCUCGGUCACCUCUUUCUAAGGAUUUGAUUUCAUUCUUUAUCCUCUGAAACCUGCCUGUCCUUCUGAUACAAUGUCCAUUCUUGGAUGUUAAGCUCCCAGAUACUUUCUUUGUUCAGCCACAAUUAGCGAUGCCUACAACAUCAUACCUGCCAAUCUGUCACUGUUCAUUUACCUUAUUCCGUAUACUCUGUCCAUUCAAAUCUUACACCUUCAGUCCUGUAUUCAUCACCCUUUUUGAUUUUGUCCCCAUAUUAUAUUGCAACUCAUCCUGUUGACUGCAUUUUUUUCCCUGUCAGCACCCUGUCUCACUAAACAUUGCUUCUGUUUGUAAACUAAUUACCCACUUCAGCCCUAUCACUCCGGUUCUCAUCCCCCUGCCAAAUUAGUUUAAACCUCCCAAACAGCUCUAGCAAACUUGCCCACAACUAUAUUGGACCCCCUCGGGUUCAGGUGUAUUCUGGCCCUUUUGUACAGGCCAUACCUUCCCCAGAAGAGAUCCUAAUGAUCCAGAAAUCUGAACCCCCGAGCCCUGCACCAGUUCUUCACUCACAUGUUCAUCUGCCAGAAUAUUCCAUUCUUACCCUCACUCGCGCACGGCACAGGCAGCAAUCCAGAGUUUACUAGCCAGGAUGUUCUGCUUCUCAGCUUUCUGCCUAGCUCCCUAAAAUCUCUCUUCAGGAUCUCCUUACUUUUCCUAUGUCACCCUCCCCAGUUAAAAUGCUGCUAUCCUAAUCCAAGACAUCCCUGGCCCGGGCACCUGGGAAGCAACAUGCCAUCUGGGUGUCUCUAUUGCAUCCACAGAAUCUCAUCUCUAUUCCUCUGACUGUGGAAAAACCACUUACUCUAUCACUGUGAAGAGCUGGCUUUAGAAUCGCAAAUCCAACUUCUGAAUGAAAAUGAAGAUUGCUGCAUUCAAUAUCAAACAGCUGGGGGAAGAAAAGAUCUCCAAACAGGAAAUUGUCACAGAUAUUGUUGAGAUUCUUUUACGUUACGACAUCAUUUUAAUAAUGGAAUACAGAGACAAGUCUGAAGAAGUUGCCAAGCAGCUGCAGGAGGAGCUCAAUAAAAAGACUACAAACCAUUACUCUUACAGAGUAAGCAAACCCCUUGGGCGAGGAAGGUACAAGGAACAAUAUCUCUUCAUUUAUCGUGAUGAUAUCGUGCAAGUGGAAAGAGUCUUUCAGUACGAUGACAUGCAGCCUGGUGAUGAGGAUGCUUUCUCCAGGGAACCGUUUGUGAUUCAGUUCAAAUCACCUACCACAGUGGUACAGGAUUUUGUACUCAUUUCUCAGCACACAGCACCUGAAGAUGCAGUGAAAGAAAUUGAUGAACUCUACGAUGUCACCCUGAAAAUCAUGAAAGAGUGGAAUACAGAGAACAUUAUGAUACUUGGAGACUUCAACGCUGACGGAAGGUAUGUAUCGAAGAACAAGAUGAAAACUAUACGGCUCCGAACAGACAAGAAUUUCUACUGGCUCAUCGGAGAUGACGAGGACACUACUACAAGAUUAAGCACAGACAAGGCCUAUGACAGGAUUGUUGUUUAUGGGAAUACAUUUUAUCAGGGGAUAGUUCCAAAUUCCGCUAAGCCUUUCAACAUCCAAGACGAGCUGGGAUGGAGCGAAGAGAGGGCUUUGAAUAUCAGUGACCACUACCCUGUUGAAGUGGAGCUCAAAUUGAUCAACCAGGAGUGAAAUGGAUAUCGACUAAACAGAUGAACACAACAGAACCAUACUGCAACUGGCAGACAGUGGCAAUUAGCAAUAAGGUUGAAGUAGUAUAGCUGAGCUUUGAAAUAUCAUGAAAAAAAUACAUGAUGUAAAUGAGCUGCUUUAUGUGUAUUUCCUACUACAGGCUUCCUCUUCCUAAACACGAAGAAUAAGGCUGCAAAUUUGUAAUAGAAGUUGCUCCCCAUUGAAUUUUAGGACUUCAACAGCUUUACCUACUCCAAAGCCUUUGCUAUUUUCUAUUUGACAAUUUCCUGGUUGGGUUAGUUUGGCAACAUGUCUAGAUCGACAGAUGGAGUAACUGACACUAGGUCUUCAAAAGGAAUCUCAGUUCAGGUGUGCAGCUGGGACUAAUUGCUCCCCUCUGAUCGCAGAUCUCUGAAAGGUUGGGAAGGGCUGAUGGUGUUAACACUAAAAAUAAUGAGACUUAUCAGCUGGUUGAGUGGUGUCACAAGCUAGCACUCAAUGCCAGCAAGACUAAGGAACUUAGAGGACUUCAGAAAAGGGAAGUCAGGAGAAUACACACCAGUUCUCACUGAAGGAUGAGCAAUGUAAAGGAUAUGCUCCUUGGUGUCAACAUACCUGAGGAUCCAGCUUGAGCCCAACAUAUUGAUGCAAUCAUGAAGGAAGCAUGCCAGUGGAUCUAUUUUAUUACGAUAUUGAGGAAAUUUGGCAUGUCACCAAAGGCUUGCAAAUUUUCUAGAUGCAUUUUGACCAGUUGCAUCACAGCCUGGCAUGGAGACUCCAUGCACAGAUUGCAAGAGGCUGCAGAGGGCUGUAGGCUCAGCCAGCUUAAUUUCAGACACAAAUUUCCUCAAAGACAUCUUCAUGAGGUGGUACUUCAAGAAGGGUGCAUCCAGUAUGAAAGAUCCUUACCAUCUAGACAUAGCCUCUUCUCAAUACUACUGUCAGGAAAGAUUCACAAGAACCUGAAGACCCGCACCCGACCAUUCAGCAUCAGCUUCUUCCCCUCUGUCAUCACGUUUCUGAACUGACCAAAAACACAAUCUCCCUUCUUCCUAUCUUUUUGCGCUAGGUAUUUACUUUGCAAUUUACAAUAAUUUUUUCACUGUACUGCUGCUGCAAAACAACUAAUUUUAUAUCAUAUAAAACAUUGAUAAUAAAAUCUGAU